CAUUUUUGUUCCGGCGUUUCGAGUUUUUGUAGCUUUUUGUCGUCUUAUUUCAAGGUAGCUGGCUGGAUAUGCUAGUCCCGAUUCCUGGCUGAGAAAUAAGGAGUGAAGAAAAAGCUUCCCACGGGCUUCGCAUAAAGCAAGCGUAGAGCUGCCCUCCUGUAUGAUCGGUACGCGUAGAAGCAAGAAUGGAGAGACACCAACAGCCCUGAUAUAGCUUAACGAUCCACCAGUAGAAUUUCACCGAGAAGUCGUUUUGCCAGGUGGAGUUACAAAAAAAUCAGUUUGAGGGCUUUGCUGGUAUUAACUCACUCCUUCCCCGAUGUCUUCAUUGGAGAGCGUCUCCCCGUCACCCCCGCCGGGGAACGUUUCCGAGAACAACGAAUACAUCGUUGCGUUGAUCCUAGCUCGUGGGGGUUCGAAGGGCAUUCCCCGGAAGAACAUAAAGCCUCUGGCCGGCCAGCCGCUCCUCUCCUACACGGUCACAGCAGCGCGGAAAUCGGGGGUGUUUAAACGUGUGGUAGUAUCCACGGAUGAUGAUGAAAUUGCCGCCGUGGCCAGCAGCUACGGGGCGGAGGUGUUCCAGCGUUCCGCGGAGACAGCCUCGGACAAGGCCAGCAGCGAAUCCGCGGUCGCCGAGUUUCUGCUUGCGAACUUUCCGAAGUUGGUGAGUAGUAGUAGAAGUUGUACUUCUUCUGCGGCGGUGGACAAGAACGAAAACACUAUCGCCAACAACGGCACAGCCGGCGAUUUAUUGUCUACAAGUGCCGAGGUCGAGGAGCCGGAUCACGCGCAAGUUUGUUCCAACGGAAACGUCAUGUGCUGUUUGAUCCAGGCGACGAGCCCGCUUACCACCGCGGAGGACUUUCGGCAGAGUCUGCAGCUGAUGCGCAAGGCGCAGGCGGAUUCGCUCGUCACGGUGGUCAGGUACCACCGCUUUUUUUGGAAACUGGUCGAUGCGGAAAACCAGCUCGCCGUCCCGAUGAACUACGACCCCGCACGCAGACCGCGGCGCCAGGACUGGGACGGUGAGCGCAUGGAGAAUGGGGCCUUCUACUUCUUCGGAGUGGCGCGGUUUCUGCAGGAGGGGGCGAAAACCGGGAGAUACAACCGUUGCUGCGGUGAGAAAACGUGCGUGUACGAAAUGGCAGAGGACACCGCGGCGGAAAUUGACUCGCUCACUGACUGGGAUAUCAUCGAGAAACUCGUGGAAAAAAGAAGGGCCGAAGGCAAGCUGGAAGCUUAG